AUGGAUCGAAGCUGCUAUUUCUCAUGUGAAUUUUUCAGUGCUUAUAAAUGGUUCUUCAAAUGGACGCUUCAAAAGUUCGAAAGGCCUGAGACAGGGGAUCCUCUAUCUCCCUUUCUCUUUCUUUUGAUAGCUGAGUCUCUCAACCUUAUCCUUGUCAAAGCCGAGCAGGUUGGUUGGUUGAAUGGCUUUGAGAUUAUUCCCGGUGGCUCCAAAAUCACUCAUCUACAGUUCGCGGACGACACUCUUGUGUUUCCUAAACACGAAAGCAUCGAUCACCUGCGCAACAUUCUAAUAUGGUUUGAAAUUAUAUCUGGGCUCAAAGUUAAUUUUCAUAAAACGUCUUUAAUGCCUGUUGGUGAGGUCCCGAAUUUGGUUUCUCUUGCUGGUUCUACGGGAUGCAACACUCAUAAUUUGCCUACCACUUACUUGGGUCUGCCUCUAGGGGAGCCAUAUAGGUCCAACAUCAAAUGGAACAAACUCAUUGAAAGAUUUGAAGCUUGGUUGCCGGCGUGGAUCUCCAAAUCUCUUUCGAGAGGAUGUAAACUAACUUUGCUAAUUUCUGUUCUAUCCGCCCUUCCCAUUUAUUUCUUUUCCAAUUUUGUGGCUCCCAUGUAUGCCAUUAAAAAGAUGGAACAAAUUAUGCGUAACUUUCUAUGGGAUGAUGGGGAUGAUAAAAAGUAUCACUUAGUUGCUUGGGACCAGGUAGAGACACCUAAGAAGUUAGGUGGGCUUGGUAUUAAGAAUUUACAUUUAAUGAAUGUGGCCUUGAUCAUGAAAUGGCUGUGGAAGUUCAGUGAUGGAAACAUUUCUCUCUGGAAGCAGUUGAUUGAAGAGAAGUAUGGUCUAGCUCCUCUUGGUUGGAAUUCUAACCCUCCGAAGAAAGUUUAUGGAUGCAGUAUUUGGAGAGGUAUUCACAGUUUCUCAAAUCUGUUUUACUCAAAUUGCAAAUUUCAGCUCGGGAACGGGGAUAUAAUUAGUUUCUGGAAGGAUAAUUGGGUCGGUCAAGCUCCUUUAGCUCAGAUUUUUCCGGCGGCUUUUAAUGCAUCUGAAACCAAAUCAUUAACAGUGGCUCAAGCAUUUGAUAGUUCUUCUCAGCAUUGGAAUUUGGCAUUACUCGCAGAGUGCAUGACAACGUCAUUUCUGAUUUAG